AUGGCACAAAAUGGUGUGGAGAACCAGGCUGGGAGGCACCAAGAAGUUGGGCACAAGAGCCUUUUGCAGAGUGAUGCCCUUUACCAGUACAUAUUAGAGACAAGUGUUUAUCCAAGAGAGCCAGAGCCCAUGAAGGAGCUAAGGGAAAUCACUGCCAACCAUCCAUGGAAUAUUAUGACGACAUCUGCUGACGAGGGGCAGUUCCUCAACAUACUAUUGAAGCUUAUAAAUGCAAAGAAUACAAUGGAAAUUGGGGUUUACACAGGCUAUUCUCUUUUGGCCACUGCCCUUGCUCUUCCUGAUGAUGGAAAGUUGCUUGUAGAUAAGGCAUCUGAGCUAGGUCAUCCUCUUGGACUCUCCGGGUACGCCCCACGACCCGAUCGAUUUCUUCUUGGAUCUUUUUCAUCGAGCUCGGAUGAUGAAGCAACUCAGCCAUUCCCCACUCAAUUGUGGUUCCCGUGGGCCAUCUUGAUUAACUUCACCUUCACCCAACAAAGCAUCCAAGAAAUCAUUCCUUUUCAUUCCCACACUGGACUCCCUCUCCCAAAUCCUAUCACUCACAAUCCCGGACGCAAACCUUAUCAACCUUUCCAAAUACUUGCCGUAUUCCUCCUAAUUCCCUGUGGGUCGAGCCAUCUCAGAAAUGGGAAACAAUCGUCACGUUAG